AUGCCACCGCGAGCACCUGGCACGCUCUCCAAUGGCGUACUCUCACUAAAGUUCAUGCAACGCGGUCUAUCCUCGACUGAGACGCCUGUCCAACUGGACCGAGCAGAAAUCGUCGACGAUUCGAAGUGGAUCAUCGCGCAGAGCAAAGACAGACCCGUUAUGAAUAUACCACAAAAGGACGGGGUGAGCUACGAGCCGUCCUAUGUACCUUUUCUAUAUGGAAAUGAAGACGAAUCCGGAAACGUUAUGGCCAUUAAUACCUUUCCUCGCGGCCGACGCACAUUUCAAGACGGGCAUGAAGCCACUAUGGGAACGGAACAAGACGCCAAAGCUCCUAAAUCAGAUAACAACGAUCAAGAAGCGGCAGAGGAAGAGUCGAAGAGCGGCGAUGUUGACUCUUCAGAGGAGGAACAGGUGCAAACAAGACGAAAACCGACCACCAAUGCACCACUAAACUCGACAAGCGAGCAAGGGGAGACUAUAUUGCCACCUCAGUUUCUCCGUCCAGCCGGCGUAGACGUGCCCAACUCCCACAAAACAUCCACAUCAGCAGUAUCAGCGGUAUCACGAAGAGAACAGCUCGCAAGUAUGAUUGCUAACGCACGGAAGUCAAGUACCUCUUCAUACACUCCGACACCCUCUGCAACAUCAUCCUCGACACCAGUACCGCAACGCAAUGAAUACAAGAUUCCAAAGUCUAUAUCCGGCGGUGGAAAGCAACGACGCAAAGUUGACGAGGUCGACCCGUCCCAGAGUGGCCCCCGGAAAAAAGCGAAAAGACAGAUGGGAGAGUAG